UGUCUAAACAGCAGUAUCGGGGGCGGAAGUGCUCUCGACGGAAGUGAUCGCUGCGUGAAUCGUGGGUGGGAUGACCGCUGGCCGGCUCUAUCUAAGGUUGCUGCGCGCAUCCUCGAAGUUCAUGGCUCAGCGCUUACUCGAGGGUGUGCCCCCUUCCAGGGGUCUACACGCGGGGCGUGGUCCCCGAAGGCUCUCCAUCGAAGGCAACAUUGCUGUGGGAAAAUCCACCUUUGUGAAGUUACUCACGAAAACUUACCCAGAGUGGCACACAGCUACAGAACCUGUAGCAACAUGGCAGAAUGUCCAGGCUGCUGGCUCCCAAAAAGCCGGAGCUGCCACCAGGCUUGGAAACUUGGUGGAUAUGAUGUACCAGGAGCCAGCACGAUGGUCCUACACCUUCCAGACAUUUUCUUUGCUGAGCCGCCUGAAAGUACAGUUGGAACCCUUCCCUGAGAAGCUGCUAGAGCUUGGGAAGGCAGUGCAGAUCUUUGAGAGGUCUGUGUACAGCGACAGGUAUAUCUUUGCAAAGACUCUUUUUGAAAAUGGUUCCCUCAGUGACAUUGAAUGGCAUAUCUAUCAGGACUGGCAUUAUUUUCUCCUGCAGGAGUUUGCCAGCCGGCUCAGAUUACAUGGCUUCAUCUACCUCCAGGCUGCUCCCCAGGUUUGUUUAAAGAGACUACACCGGAGGGCCAGGCAAGAGGAGAAAGGAGUUGAGCUGGCGUAUCUGGAGCAGCUUCACGGUCAACACGAAGCCUGGCUGGUCCACAGGACGACCCCGCUCCACUCUGAGGCUCUGCUGAACAUCCCAGUGCUCGUGUUGGAUGUCAAUGAUGAUUUUUCGGAAGAAGUAACCAUACAAGAAGAGCUCAUGAGGAGGGUAAACAUCUUUGUAAAGAAUCUAUAACCAGUACUGGGAUAUUCUAGCUGGGAUCUUGGCUCUCUGACUUUCUAAAGCCAGAAAAUACCAAACCACCCACCUUUCUGUCCCCUGCUCCCACCUGCUUUUACCCCUAGAGUGCUCUGACACUUGGGGGGUUCGGCUUCUGUUAUCCGUAGACCUAGCCCUCGUCUUCUUUUGUAUCUUAAGGACUUCUUAAAUAAAGUCUAUGCCUUUGUGGA